UUCUGCACGAUGUGUGAUCGCGUUGAAGAAUUAGAAGGUUCUGAGCUCGGCACUAAAGACUACUGGGAGUCUAGCUAUACCAGGGAGAUUAAAAACUAUCGUGACCAUGGCGAUGUCGGAGAAGUGUGGUUCGAUGAGGAUAGUCAAAACCGCAUCAUCUGCUGGAUAGCGAAACAAGAGGAAACGAUCAAGGCGGACGAUUCAAUAAUUGAUUUAGGAUGUGGUAACGGAAUGAUGCUGAUUGAGCUGGCUCGUGAAGGUUACACGAAGCUCACCGGUAUCGACUAUUCGCCGAAAGCUAUUGAACUGGCGAAAGCCAUUUGUAAGGAUCAAAGUUUAGCGAUCGACUAUAAAGUGGUCGAUUUGCUCUCGGAGUCGGAAGUGAACGCAUUGGGCUUAUUCAAAGUGGUGCACGACAAAGGAACAUACGAUGCCAUCAGCCUGCAUCCUGACGACGCGAAAACUAUGCGAAACCUUUACAUUGACCACGUCCACCAAAUGCUCACGGAUGAUGGCCUUUUCAUACUCACCUCGUGCAACUGGACCGAAAGUGAGCUGGUCAGCAGUUUUGGGGAGUUAUUUCGACUGCAAACGGUGAUUCCAACUCCUACGUUUAAGUUUGGUGGAAAAGUAGGUAGUGUGGUUACUUCGGUGGUUUUCAUAAAAAAUACCUCGAAAUAAAUUGUAUUUAUAAUACCUCCUCAUAGCCUGCAUAAGGUUU